AUUGAGUUCCCAUCAGAUCAGCAGCCAGUAAAACAAAGUCAAAACAAACUCCAAAUCCGUUUUGCGUCACUAAUAUUUACUCUUCCCAACUGCGAUGCCCUAUAAUAUUCGUGCACGUCCUCCACCCUCAACUCUUUUCACCCGCUGUUACUGAUAACCGAUCUCGUGUCGCCUUACUGAUCGUCUAUACACCAUUAAUACAUCUUCCUCCACUUCACGUAUACCUAAAGCUCCCUUGUCUCUUCACCUGAUCCGUCUCCGAAGAAGAAGGAAACUAGAUUACGCAGAGUUCGAUAUAUUUUACAAUCAUGGCGAGGAAAAUGCUUAUUGAUGGAGAGCUGAACCAGUCUAAUGAACAGGAGUCUCACUAUGAUUUUGACUUGUUUGUCAUUGGAGCUGGAAGUGGCGGUGUUCGGGCUUCUAGGUUUUCAGCUAACCAUGGAGCUAAGGUUGGGAUCUGUGAGCUUCCAUUUCAUCCAAUCAGCUCAGAUGUAGAUGGAGGAGUUGGUGGAACAUGUGUUCUUCGUGGUUGCGUUCCCAAGAAGAUUUUAGUGUAUGGAGCAUCUUUUGGAGGUGAUAUUGAGGAUGCUAGGAAUUUUGGAUGGGAAAUAAAUGAGAAGGUGGACUUCAACUGGAAAAGGCUGCUGCAGAAGAAGACGGAUGAAAUAACAAGGUUAAAUGGAAUUUACAAGCGGUUACUGUCUAAUGCUGGGGUUAAACUAUUUGAAGGAGAGGGCAAGGUUGUUGGUCCUCAUGAGGUUGAGGUGACACAACUAGAUGGGACUAAAUUGAGCUACUCGGCAAAGCACAUACUGAUUGCAACUGGAAGUAGAGCUCAACGUCCUGGCAUUCCUGGGCAGGAGUUGGCUAUAACAUCUGACGAGGCAUUAAGUCUGGAAGAUAUGCCCAAGCAUGCUGUCGUGCUUGGUGGAGGGUACAUAGCUGUUGAGUUUGCUUCAAUAUGGCGUGGCAUGGGUGCCACUGUGGACCUAUUUUUCAGAAAGGAACUUCCAUUAAGAGGUUUCGAUGAUGAAAUGAGGGCAGUGGUUGCAAGAAAUCUGGAAGGCAGGGGAAUAAAUUUGCACCCUAGGACAAAUUUGACAGAGUUGGUAAAAACUGAGGAUGGCGUAAAAGUUUUUACAAAUCAUGGAGAAGAGUUCUCGGCAGAUGUUGUACUCUUUGCUACUGGUCGGACCCCCAAUACAAGGAGGUUAAAUUUGGAGGCUGUAGGUGUGAAGCUUGAUCGUACAGGAGCUAUUAAGGUUGACGAGUACUCACGCACCAACAUUCCUAGUAUAUGGGCUGUUGGUGAUGUCACAAAUCGAAUGAAUCUUACCCCUGUGGCCUUAAUGGAGGGAACGUGCUUUGCAAAAACUGUUUUUGGUGGGCAACCCUGCAAACCAGACUACACUGAUGUUCCAUAUGCUGUAUUUAGCAUACCGCCUCUGUCUGUAGUAGGCCUCAGCGAAGAGCAGGCAAUAGAGCAAGCCAAUAAUGAUAUAUUGAUUUUCACCUCAACAUUCAAUCCUAUGAAGAACACAGUCUCUGGACGGCAAGAAAAGACGGUGAUGAAGCUUGUUGUUGAUGCUGAGACUGAUAAAGUUCUUGGAGCUUCCAUGUGCGGGCCAGAUGCUCCAGAAGUUAUACAGGGUCUUGCUGUUGCAUUGAAAUGUGGAGCGACGAAGGCCCAAUUUGACAGCACGGUUGGAAUACAUCCUUCUGCCGCUGAGGAAUUUGUGACCAUGCGCUCAGUGACCAGACGAGUUACUGCAGUAAGCAAAGCAAAUCCAAACCUAUAGAAGAAAACAUUUUAGGGGGGUCGAGGUAAAAUCCAAGUGUGAUUAUUACAUUGGUUGAAUGUAAUAUUUUCGCAUUUCACUUGUACAAAGUUGGGCAGAUGGCUGAAAAUCUGUUUGGCAGUGAUUUUGUUUUAUUCAAUAAGAAAUUGUUUGUGAUAUUUAUAUGAAUAUUAUUUCAGAUACUAGAAAAAAUAUUUAUCUUGUUUGGAUUCA